GAAACGCAUCUCUCACCUGAACUCUAGUAACCUCGAAGUAUAAGAAAGCCUCCCUCUGAAGCCGACACCAUGACCCAAGCUCGCUCAUCUAGCACCGUGACUGAUUCGGGCUCAAUGAUUGGAAACAUUUUCAAGAAGGCCCAAUUUUGGAGAUCAUCCCACAACCAUACGAUGUCGAAAGAAUGGGCUGAGCAGGCAUUGCCACUGCGAUACCUCGCCGAUGACCCAAUGGAGAGAGACCUUGACAGAAUCCUCGGCAAGAAAGGCUGGGAGCCAUUCAAAGUGGUUCAAGAACAACGCAUUAUUCGUGUCAGCAGGAAACUCACUGAGAAAGAGAUUCAGGAGAUCGUAGAAAAUGGGAGGAACCACUAUGAGCAAACCGGAGAAGCAUUAGAUGCCAUGAGGUAGACGGACUCGGAAGAGGGUACCCAUCCGGGGCCCUUGGAUCUGGGAAUAUGUAGACUAUCAUCAGCCUUGUAUUAGCCGCACAGAAAUAUCACCGCCUUUUGCCA